UUCAACAUGGUAUCUCUUGCCUCUACAGAGAGGCUUCAUGGCGUCAUCGCCCCCAGCGUCGGCGGCAGCCUCAAACGCAAGCAGCCUGAUUCGAGUCCGACGAGCAAUGGUACAGGUGUGCCGGGGGCCGAUGCCAAACGUCGCAAGGUCAAAUUUGACGACAACGUUGAUGUGCAUGUUAUGACAGAUGCGGAUGAGAAGCCUCUGGAACUGGUGGAAGAGGAGGUGCGACGCGCAUUGGAGAAGCACGCCGCUGGUGACAGCAUUGCCUACGAUCAGAUCCGAAGCAUCAUCACCAGCAAGCCCACGGCGUCGCACGCGCUCUAUACAGAACAACUCCAAAAGUACAUCAUCGCGCUUACCCAUGUUGUGCCCCUCCUCGACCACAAAUGCCAGGGUCUUGUCCAUGCCAUCAUCGAUUGCCAGUGGAUAGCCCGUAACGAGCAUUUUGUGCGCUCCUACCGCCAGCUGCUUCGGUCCCUUCUAUCUGUGCACCCUGGCUUCACAUCCUCAGUCCUCGUGAUGCUGGUCGAUAUGUUCGUCGAGACUCCUUCGCCGAAAAUGCGCCAGCAAGAUGACCCUCCCAUUCAACGCGUCCGUAUUCAAACCCGGAUACACGAUACCCUCAAAUAUAUCGUUCGACAGAGCCCCAUGUCUAGUACAUAUCUUGGCUCGAUCCUCGCUUCUACCUUCCCCUUUCCGACCGACACAGCGAAAGCACACGUUCAAUACAUAAAGAAUCUACUCAAGGUUUCCGAGUACUGUGUCGAGAUCAAAGGCGAGAUAUUGUCGCUUAUCAUGGACAAGCUGGUCAAGAUUGAUGUUCAGAUCCAGGUCGACAUGGAUGAGCUCGAGGACGAUAUUGAGGAACGAUUGAUCGAAGACGAUUUCGGGGGCGACGAGGAUUAUGACAGCGACAACGAAUCUGUCUCGAGCGAGGAAAGCUUGGAUCCGGAAGAAAAGCAGAUCAAGGAGCUCAAAGAGUCGGUCAACAAGCUGGACAGCAUCAUGGACAUACUGUUUUCCUAUUACCACUCGAUCUAUGCGAGAGGCGAUCGCUUCGAUAUCGAUGAGACUUUCGAGAAUCUCCUUUCCCAGUUUGCGAACAUAAUACUUCCGACGUAUCGGUCACGACAUACUCAAUUCCUCCUUUUUCAUUUCAGCCAAACUUCCCCAGACCUUAUGGAACGAUUCGCAGGCUGCUGCUCACACUUGGCUUUCGACCGCGGACGACCGGAAAUCGCUCGUAUUUCUGCUGCCGCAUACCUCGCUUCCUAUGUCGCGCGUGGAGCGCACGUUUCGCGGAACGAUGUACGGGAUGUGUUUGAUCUUCUCUGCCACCACCUCGAGAACCUUCGAAUUAGCUUGGAGCCAGGCUGCAAAGGGCCAGACCUCCGCCGGUACAGCUCCUACUAUGCUAUAGCACAAGCGCUCCUGUACGCUUUCUGCUUCCGCUGGCGCGACCUCAUCGUCACUCCAGAUGAUACUAUGCCCACCGAUGAAGACAUUAUUUAUCAUGAGGGCGACUUCCAGUGGUAUACCUCGAUCCAUGACAUCUUGCGUCGCAACAUCUUCUCCAAACUCAACCCUCUGAAAAUCUGCACACCAACCAUAGUGCAGCAGUUCGCGCGGAUAGCACACCACCUCCGAUUUCUGUACAUCUUCCCAUUGCUCGAAACCAACAAACGAGUGCGCCUUUCACGAGCAGUUGGCGCCUACUCGGAUGGCAUCGGCGUGCGGGAUACAGCUCUUACCAUGAAGAAGGGCGAGGAGGGCUUCUUACUGGACGCUUACUUCCCUUUCGAUCCGUACGUGUUGCCUCGCAGCAAGAAAUGGUUGCAGGGUGACUACAAUGAGUGGAAGCCGAUUCCUGGGAUGCUAGAAGAGGUGGACGAAGAAGACGAGGCCGAAGACGAUGAUGACGACGAGGCGGAAAAUGACGACGAAGAUGAUGACGAAGAUGACGACGAUUCGGAAGUACAGCUCGCCGCUGAUUCCCAUCACGUUCACGGUGAUCUCGACGAUGGGACUGAUGAAAGUUCUUAG